AUGGCGAUGGUCAACCAUCCUUCCUCAGUAACCAUAGCAUGGUUCCUCUUGUUCUUGACCAUAAUCCACCAAUCAUUUUCUGCUCGAACUUUAGGUAACUCAUCACAGGGCAAUGGCGAUCAUCACGCCAACCUAGCAAUCAGCUUCUCCAUGCCAGAUGUGCUGAGCCAGAAACAUCCCUCGUCCAGGCCAGUAACAACUCAAGUAAAUGGUCAAAUUCCCUUCUCCAAACCACUAGGCUUUUUUCCACCUAUUGGAGGCAUUCCCUUGGCUAAUAUUGAUACCAUCCCGAUGACUGGAUUGCCAUCUCAAACCAUCGAUUUAGAAGGAAUCAGCAUGUCAUUUCCAGCCAUCGCGACUGUUCAAGAAUUGGAGCUGGGAACUGUGACAACAAUUAAUGAGGACAUAUAUGAAGGAUUCGUAUUUGGUUCGUCGUUGCUUGGCAAAGCACAAGGGAUUUAUGUUGCUAGCUCAGAACAUGGAAGCAGUCAUAUGAUGGCGAUGACAGCAAGUUUUAUAGGUAACAAGUACAAGAAUGCCUUGAGAAUUUUUGGGGUGCACAGGUCCGAUGUUAAUGAAUCACACGUUGCAGUUAUUGGUGGCACCGGGAAGUAUCAAAAUGCUAAUGGAUUUGCAACAGUCAAGACUGCGAAUAUCAGCUCCAGCUUGAAGGGUGAAGAGAGUGAAGAAGCGUACAAGCUCCUGCUGUUCAAUGUUUAUCUUGGUUAG